AUGGCCAAGUAUCACAAGCCUCAUCGAACUCACUCGGCUCCUGUAGCCGCCCUCCAAAGCAUCGCGACGGGCACCGUUACGCCACUUCUGCGGGAAGAUACCGGUAUUCACCAGAGCUCAUUGGAUUCUGAUGUAGUGGAGCGAGUUCAUGUCAUCAUCUUGGUUCACGGAUGGAUCGGUUGCCCCCAAGACUUGGGAUAUUUGCAUCACGCAAUGGAAGAACAGGCCGCCAUUGUAUUGAAAGAAGAAAACCUGUCAUCAUCACAACGGCGGGAACCACUCUAUGUCUACACGUGUACAUCCAACCAUGGCAGAACCAACGAUGGGAUUCAAGCUGGGGCCGACCGAAUUGCGCAAGAAUCACAGGAGUUCUUGGACAGCAUUAGAGAGCAACACAAAGGCACCCUGAAAGAGAUUACCCUGUCCGUGGUGGGGUACUCUCUCGGUGGAUUGUACUCUCGCUAUGCAUUGCCCAAAAUCAUUACAGCAGAAUCUGCUGACGACAGCAACAACUCGCCAAAAAUAAUUCCCAAGGUCUUUUGUACCAUUGCAACGCCACAUCUUGGAUCAGAAGGGCAUACGUAUGUCCAACUUCCAAGGCGGUUGGAGAGAUGGUUGAGUCUGAUGACCCAAACUGGACGAGACCUGUUCCGCCACAGCAACACUAUUGAAAAGACAAUCACAGACCCGCAUUGGGUGGAACCCAUGCUACGAUUUGAAAAGCGAAUUGCCUAUGCCAACACUUAUGCAAUGGACGUCAUGGUCCCCACAUCCACAGCGGCGUUUAUCCCGGAGAACUCCACAUCCGAGCACUUUCACCUGGAAAUACCAAACAACAAUCGAUUCAUGGCUUUAAUGGUGCAGACACCUGCGCAACACAAGCUGCUACGGGAGCAAACACAACAACAAUCACCUACAUCAUCAUCAUCAUCGUCAUGGGAUCACGCCAAACGCCUGGAUGCCAUGGGCUGGACCAAGAUCUUUGUUGAUUUUGCCGACAGCUAUGAUCGACAUGCAGACAAUGAUUCCAAAGAUCAUGAUUCGUCUACCAUGACAUGUAGUUCCUCCUCCGAGAGGAAACGAUCCAUCCGAGCUUUCGAAUUACAUGCAGAGUUUCAACGAAGCAAGCGCAGACUAUUCCUUCCAGUGGGACAUGACCUUGUGGCGGUCAACUCCAAAAAUGUGUUCUAUUCGUAUUUCAUGCGGAGGGGGCGACCUCUGAUAGACCAACUUGCAAAUGACUUUGUGCGGGAUGUGGUGAGGGGUGUACAACAACAAUCCAAUGAUGAUGGCGAUGGAGUCUAA